CGGGUUGCUGUGGCGACAGAAUAUAAACGUCGUUGUGUCCGGGCAUGGUGUAUUAUUAUGACACUGUCAACGAAUUGUUAUAAAUAAUUAGCGAGAUAGGCGGUAAUAAUAUUUUGACACAUGGCGACUGGGGAUAUAGACGUGAUCCUGAGCCAGCUGGGAUGGCAGGAUGGCUUUCGAAUUCCUGUCGCUAACGAAGAGAACAAACGUCUGGAGGAGGAGAUUGCUAGAAAGGUUAAACACAAGCUCUCUCUAAAUGCAAAGCUGGAAAGCCUCGAGGAACGGCUGAAGAUGAUGAAGAAACACUCCAAUGAUGUAACCUUGCAGCACGAAUUCAAUCAGAAGUUGCUUGUGGAACAUUCGACCCAGAUGGAGACAGAGGAUCAUCUGUAUCGACUCAGCGGCAACACGGAGUCAUCGCUACGUCAGGAGACGCGUGAGCUCGAGAAAGAAUGGGCGGAUGUGAACCGCAGAGUAUUAUUUGUGGAAAAAGAACUGCUGAAGACGACGAGAAAUUUAGUCAAGGCGAAGCAAACUGUCCAUUUCGAUGAAGAUAAUUUACGAAAAUGCGAGGAAAUGCUCGCGCAAAAGGCAGAGGAUAAUCAGCUGAUAGAGAGCUACAUGAAGCAAGAUACGCAGAAGUACAAGGAAUUGGAACAAAAACGACAGAAACUUAGCAGAGAAGUUGAAACUUAUCGCCAAGCUAUUGUCAAGGCCGUUGACGAAGUACAAGAGAUGGAAAUCGUUCUGGAUCGCACGACAAAAUUGUAUAUGGAAGCGUUAAAAGAGCGCAGGCAGAUGAUAAAUCAGUGGACGCAAAGCGUCAACGUUCUGCGACAGAGGGACAAUGAUAUACAGAACAGUCUAAAGGAAAUCGAAACAUUGCGAGAAAUCGACAUAGAGAAGAAGAGUAAUCUCGAGGAAGUGGAGAAAUUUUUAAAAGAUCAAAUUGUAAAUAAUAAGCAGUUGGAAGAGCAAAUUAAACAAUCGGAGAAGGAACUUCUCGCGAAUCGAGAAAAACACCUUAAAAUUACAGAGGAAAUCGAUGUUUACGCCAUCGAGGUUCAUAUCCAGAGAAAAUUAGUAGGGGACCUAGCACGUCGUAUACAACAAGUUCGAGCUAAUGCAAAACGCAAAAAGAUUGAGCUGGAGAACAAAUACAUCAAAGUGGACAAUUGCAAGAAACGAAUCAAUGAUCUAAUGUCGACUUUAGAGGAGAUCGAGAGCCAGAAGUUGAACGUUGAAGAGAGAACGAAAUGCUUAGAAAAGAUGAUUGAACAUGAUGAGAAACGAAAAUCCGUGAUUGUCAGGGAAUUGAAUCGACUGCAAGUCGCGAUUUUAAAUGCAACGAAGAAAAUCGUAAAAAUGGAGAGCGACAGAAGGACGAUGCAGGUGGAGAUGCAGGGCGAGCACAAGAAGAUUGAUCUGCUCGCUGGAUUGUUCCAGAAGGAGAAGAAACUAUUAAAUGAGAAAAAGGAGGCUCUCUAUCGAGUGGAAUUCAAUCUGCAAAAGUGCGAGAUGAAACUCGAGCGAGUCAGAGGAUACGAGCGAGAUAAGAGCGAAGCUGAGAAGAAGCAGGCGAAAAUUGAGGAGCUGCAAGCUGUACUGAACGAGAGAACAACCACUUCUAAAUUGCUGCAAAAUCAGAUUGCUAGUUUAGAACAUGACAUGAGGAAAAUAUCUAGCUGCCUGUCGAACGAGAACGAGGAACUCGAGCGGCUACGAAGUAAGAAGCAAGAUCUACUGUUGCUGCUGGACGGAGGCGAGAAGCGAUUGAAAAUCGCGCAAUCCCAGAACGAGGAGAGACAAGUGGAGGAAAAUAUAAUGCGCCUUCGAGUGUCGCAGCUCGAGCGAAUAACGUUGAACGUGAGCGAUAAAGUCUACGAUUUAGAAAAGUAUCGUCUUCAUCUCGAAGCGGCGCUCAAGGAACGCUCGGCGGAGAUCGCAGCGCAGAAGGAGGCGCUGGUCGUGCAGAGGAGGCUCGCGAGCAACGAGUGCUCGGAUCUGCGGGCCGCCGUGACCGAGAGGAAGAGCAGGAUACGUCAGCUGCAGGCGCGAUACGACAGCGGCCUCGCCACGUUGGGCUCCACCCCGGACGGGUUGCCGAUGAGCACCGCGUAUCUGAAGAUCCAGAGCGCCCAGGAGCGGUACCUGCUGCGGGAGCGAGGCGACAAGCUGGACGAGGCCAUCGGGCGAACCGAACAGGAGAUACGCAGCAUGGAGAACACGCUGCGCGUGGUGAACGUCUGCAACGACAAGUACCGGGACAACCUGACCGCGGUGGACCAGGACGCGCCCGAGUGGACGGAGCAGAGGAGGCUCGACGAGCGGAUGCGCGACGCCCGGCAAAACUUGCAGCAAAAGCAAGAGCAGCUGCAACAACUAUUCGAUAAAUUGCAGAAAGUGGAGAAUGAUUACACUCAACUGCUGGACGAUAUCGAAAAGACAAAGGAGGAGGAGGAAAAUAAGCAACGUUACUUGUCAGGUGUCGAGAAACAGAUGGCAGAGCAGGAAGGGAAGCUAUCUAGGGCUGACAAGAGCCUUCGUAAAGCGCAGAAGGAUAUACAAAAUCUGUACGUUCUUAAAAGAGACGACACCGUACUUUUACAGCAGAGAGAGGUGGAACUGCGCGAGCUUCAAGAACAGAACGCUCUAGCUCUGCAAGAUAUCGCGGAGUUCACAAUUCGUCAUGUGGAAGCUGAAGCGUACGUGAAAAAAUUACUCAUAAUCAAGAAUAUCGAGCUGCCGUGCUUCCCUUCGUCGACCAGAUCAGCCAUGAGUCCAUGUGCGAGUUCUGUAGGUUCAUUGGAUCAGCCUGCAAAAAGCACGAGUCGCACGAGCAUGUCCGAGUUAACACAAGUCCAGAGUAACAAAAUUUUUGGAGGAUGGCAAAAAGUUUAUUCGCACGACAGCACAGAAUUAGGAUGCAAGAUGAAAUUCGCUGUCUAUCUGCCACCUCAGGCUGAAGAGGGUCCGGUACCAGUUAUUUACUGGUUGUCUGGUCUCACUUGUACCGAGGCUAAUUUCAGUGAGAAAGCUGGAGCUCAGAGACAUGCUGCAAAUUCUGGAGUACUUCUUGUUAUACCGGAUACAAGUCCGAGAGGACUGAAUAUUCCUGGGGAGGAUAAUAGUUACGACUUUGGCAGCGGUGCAGGCUUCUACGUGGACGCAACAUGUGAACCGUGGAAGAAAAAUUACAGGAUGUACAGUUAUAUUACCAAAGAAUUGCCAGCUUUGAUCAAUAAAGAAUUUCCAACUUUGCCAGACAGACAGUCGAUAAUGGGCCAUAGCAUGGGUGGACAUGGCGCUUUAAUAUGUGCUCUUAAAAACCCUGGACAAUACAGAACAGUCUCAGCCUUCGCACCCAUAAGUAAUCCAAUUUUGUGUCCAUGGGGAAAGAAAGCUUUCUCAGGAUAUCUGGGAGGAUCAGAGGAUGAUAAUGUUGCAUGGAAGGAAUGGGAUGCUACAGAACUAGCAAAAAAAUAUAACGGUCCACCUUUGGACAUUUUAAUCGAUCAGGGCAAAGAGGAUCAGUUCCUAAAACAAGGUCAACUAUUACCUGAGAAUUUACUAAAUGCUGCCAAGGAUAAUGGGAUAGCACUUGUUCUCAGAUUUCAAGAUGGUUAUGAUCAUAGCUAUUAUUUUAUAGCUACAUUUAUCGAGGAUCACUUGAAACAUCACGUCAAAUAUCUUAAAAGUUAAGUAUGUUCAACAUUUGCUCCACUGUUCUAAAAACAUUGGAUGUUUGAGAUACUGCGAUUUAUAUUACACUUUUUUACAAGAAAUUUGAUUGUGAAUUAAGAUGCUAAACUUUUUCUAAGAAAAGAACUAAAAUUCGCAUUUUUCUAUGAAAAUUUUGCACUAAUAAUUAUUUUGAUAUAGCUUCUACAUCUUUUUUUUUUUUUUUU